UAUGACGUCAUUACGUGCUUGAGCCUGCCCGAAAAUGUUCUCCGGUGUUGUUGGAUCUCGAGGAAGCGCAGGACUUUGCGAUGAAAUAAUACCGUCGCAUCCAUGAAGAACCGGAAAACUAACCGCGUGUUUGCAUUCUGAAGGCAUUCGCCAUCCAACGGAGUUGCGAAAACGGUCUCUUUCGGGGGACCCGAAGAGGAAGUUUGUGGGAUCGUUUUUUCACGGAGUGAUGUCGAAUCCUGGGACUCGAAGGAACGGUUCCAGCAUCAAAAUCCGACUGACAGUGUUAUGUGCCAAGAACCUCGCAAAGAAAGACUUCUUUCGUCUGCCCGAUCCUUUUGCAAAGGUUGUGGUGGACGGAUCAGGUCAAUGCCACUCAACAGACACAGUCAAGAGCACACUGGACCCCAAAUGGAAUCAGCACUAUGACCUCUACAUUGGCAAAGCAGACUCAAUCACCAUCAGUAUAUGGAAUCACAAAAAGAUCCAUAAACGGCAGGGGGCAGGCUUCUUGGGGUGCAUUAGACUUCUUUCAAAUGCCAUCAGCAGACUAAAAGACACAGGAUACCAGCGACUAGAUCUAUGUAAACUGAACCCCUCAGACAGUGACGCAGUGCGGGGGCAGAUUGUAGUGAGCCUGCAGACACGAGACCGCAUAGGUAGUGGAGGCCCAGUGGUGGACUGUCGAGGUCUAUUAGAAAAUGAAGGACCUGUAUUAGAGGGAUGUUUUAGUGAAGAACCGCUGCCUUACUCCGACCCCACUGGUGCUGCGGGUGGCGGGAACUGCCGUCUCGACUCCCCCAGUCAAGAAAAUCGCCUUCAGACCCAGCGAAUCCGAGGGCAGGAUUCCAGAGGCCAUGGCCACACCCCUCAGAACAGACCUCACGGACACCAACCCCCGGACCUGCCCGAAGGAUAUGAGCAGCGAACAACAGUGCAGGGCCAGGUGUACUUUCUUCACACACAGACUGGUGUCAGCACCUGGCACGACCCUCGAAUACCACGGGACCUGGCCAGCGUAAGCUGUGAGGAGCUUGGUCCGUUGCCAGUGGGCUGGGAGGUCCGUAGCACGGUGUCAGGCCGGAUAUACUUUGUGGACCACAACAACAGAACCACACAGUUCACGGAUCCCCGUCUACACACCAUCAUUAGUAGCCAGCAAUCUCAAGUGAAGGAGUCCUCACAGCCCCCCCAGAUGGAUGUGGGGGUUGAAGACGGCGGAGGUGGAGGAAUGGGCGGCGGUGUCGGUGGAGACGGAGACUUGGCGGCACGCUAUGAGAGAGAUUUGGUCCACAAACUGAAGCUGCUCCGCCAUGAGCUCUCCCUGCAGCAGCCCCAAGCAGGACACUGUCGAAUCGAGGUGUCUCGUGAGGAGAUCUUUGAGGAGUCGUAUCGGCAAAUAAUGAAGAUGAGGCCAAAAGACCUGAAGAAGCGUCUGAUGGUGAAGUUCAGAGGAGAGGAGGGCCUGGACUAUGGUGGUGUAGCCAGGGAGUGGCUGUAUCUGCUGUGUCAUGAAAUGUUGAACCCUUAUUACGGCCUGUUCCAGUACUCCACAGACAAUAUCUACACGCUACAGAUCAACCCUGACUCUUCCAUUAACCCUGAUCACCUAUCAUAUUUCCACUUUGUGGGCCGUGUAAUGGGGCUGGCAGUUUUUCAUGGCCACUACAUCAAUGGGAGCUUCACGCUGCCCUUCUACAAACAGCUGCUCGGCAAACCCAUUCAGCUCAAUGACCUGGAGACCACCGAUCCAGAGCUGCACAAGAGUCUUGUCUGGAUAUUAGAGAACGACAUCACUUCAGUCCUAGACCACACAUUCUGCGUGGAGCACAACGCUUUCGGGAAGUUCCUACAGCAUGAACUCAAGCCUAAUGGCCGAAACAUCCCUGUGACUGAGGAGAACAAGAAGGAAUACGUGAGGCUUUAUGUGAACUGGAGGUUUAUGCGUGGAAUUGAAGCCCAGUUUUUGGCUCUCCAGAAGGGAUACAGUGAGCUGAUCCCCCAGCAUCUCCUCAAGCCUUUCGACCAUAAAGAGCUAGAGUUGAUCAUCGGCGGAUUGGGCAAGAUCGACCUGGCUGACUGGAAGACCAACACGCGACUGAAGCACUGCACGAGCGAGAGCAACGUGGUGCGGUGGUUCUGGCAGGCGGUGGAGGCCUUCAGCGAGGAGAGGAGAGGACGCCUGCUGCAGUUCGUCACGGGCUCCACCAGGGUACCAUUACAGGGCUUCAAAGCACUGCAGGGCUCUACAGGUUCUGCAGGACCAAGGCUCUUCACCAUUCAUUUGAUAGACGCCAACACUGACAACCUACCCAAGGCACACACAUGUUUUAACAGAAUAGACAUCCCCCCCUACGAGUCUUACGAGAAGCUUUAUGAGAAACUGCUGACGGCUGUGGAGGAGACCUGCGGCUUUGCCGUGGAGUGAAAAAGACCCCCAUGAGCAAAAACUAACAAACAUACAGUCCACACUUGUGCUUGCACUUGCAUUCAACUCUUUUGACUUAAAAAAAAAAACGUACCCACACAUUCAUGCACAGAACAUGGAGUAUGCACAGAGUAUGGAGGGCGGCCAAGCACGACAAGAACACAGACUGCACGUCGCCGCCUAAACCGUCGGGAGCUACAAAGAGGAAGCACAGCAAGGAAGUCAAAUGGAAAAAAAAAGUAUUUAAAGAAAAAUUUUUCAAAUGUUUUGAAGAAGCAUUUUUAUCUUUU